UGGGGUUUUCACACAUUCGAAGCGGAAGUCAGUAAUCUUGGAGCACGCGGUAACUGCUUAAAGCGUAUCAUUCCAGAAUAAGGUGAGCCAUGCCUUCGGUUCCGUCCGGCAAAGUGACCAGUGGUCUGGCGCCUGCCUGUCCACAUGAGACUCAGGCGGACCAGGACAUCAGUAAUGAGGACGGCGACAGGAAGGUCGAAGUCGAGCCGGUCCAGCUAAACGGGCAGGAGAGCAGUAGUGACAGGAAGUGGAUUCGCCCGGACCUGCCCAGCAGGUGCACCUGGAGGCUGGGCGCGUCGCCCUCAGAGUCCCCGCACACCCAUCCCGAAAGGGAGAAAGCCCAGAGGAUCCUCCCCAAUGUUCUGAAGAGGAUUGGGGACACCCCCCUGGUCCGGAUCAACAAGAUCCCCAAGGCCUUUGGACUCAAGUGCGAGUUGUUGGCUAAGUGUGAGUUCUUCAAUGCGGGGGGCAGUGUGAAGGACCGGAUCAGCCUGCGCAUGGUGGAGGAUGCAGAGAGAGCCGGCAUCCUCAAACCCGGGGACACCCUCAUUGAGCCCACGUCCGGCAACACGGGUAUUGGUCUGGCGCUGGCGGCUGCAGUGAAAGGCUACCGCUGCAUCAUCGUCAUGCCGGAGAAGAUGAGCAUGGAGAAGGUGGAUGUUCUGAGGGCUCUCGGGGCAGAGAUUGUCCGGACCCCAACCAGUGCCCGAUUCGACUCCCCCGAGUCCCACGUGGGCGUGGCCUGGAGGCUGAAGAACGAGAUACCCAACUCGCACAUUCUGGACCAGUACCGCAAUCCCAGCAACCCUCUAGCCCACUACGACACCACGGCCGAGGAGAUCCUGGAGCAGUGCGAUGGUAAAGUGGACAUGCUGGUGGCCGGAGCUGGCACAGGCGGCACCAUCAGUGGCAUCGCCCGCAAACUCAAGGAGAGGUGCCCCAACGUCAAGAUCAUCGGAGUGGACCCUGAGGGCUCGAUUCUUGCAGAACCUGAGGAGCUGAAUAAGACUGAUAAAAGCCAGUAUGAAGUUGAGGGCAUUGGAUACGACUUCAUCCCAACUGUGCUGGAUAGAUCUGUUGUGGACAGGUGGUGCAAGUCCAGCGAUGAGGAGUCCUUCGCCAUGGCACGCAUGCUGAUCAAAGAGGAGGGUCUCCUGUGCGGCGGCAGCUCGGGCACGGCCAUGGCGGUGGCAGUGAAGGUGGCCAAGGAGCUGAAGGAAGGCCAGCGCUGCGUGGUCAUCCUGCCCGACUCCAUCCGUAACUACAUGUCCAAGUUCCUGAGUGAUAAGUGGAUGUUCCAGAAGGGCUUCCUGAGGGAGGAGGACAUCAUGGUGUCCAAGCCCUGGUGGUGGAACCUGAAGCUGCAGAGCUUGAACAUGUCAGCCCCCCUCACCGUACUCCCCACUGUCACCUGCCAGAAAACCAUCCGGAUCCUGAAGGAGAAGGCCUUCGACCAGGCACCUGUGGUCGACGAGUCUGGGCUGAUUCUGGGUAUGGUGACUCUCGGGAACAUGCUGUCGUCUGUUCUGGCUGGCAAAGUGAGACCCUCUGACCCUGUAAGCAAGGUCCUGUACAAGCAGUUCAAGCAGAUUCGCCUCACUGACAACCUGGGAAAGCUGUCCCGUAUCCUGGAGAUUGAUCACUUUGCCCUGGUUGUGCAUGAGCAGAUUCAGUACAUGGAGGAUGGCUCCCCCUGCCUGAGGCAGAUGGUUUUUGGGGUGGUGACGGCCAUGGACCUGCUCAACUUUGUCACUGCAAAGGAGAAGAGAGAGCUCUAACUGAUUCCUGUGUUUGAGAGCUCUGAGACAGGCAGGAAUUUGAUGUAGCUCAGAUGCACCCUGAGUUAUCAGCUGUGAUAUCACAAUGAAGGUAGACAUCUGUGGGACUGCAAUUGGUGGAAAGACCAUUUUGUUUUUUCUCUUGUUUUAGUUUGCCUUAGUUCCAUGAUGACAGAGAUCCUCCUUUGGAAUCAGUUGUGAAAGGUACUUGAUGGUAACAAGAUGUCCAGCUACCAUCAUACAUUUGAUUAGUAGAACUAGGGUUAAAUUUGGGUCUCCUCAACCCCUCAGGAACCUGGAAUGGCAAGGGGGUUGUUAGUAAUGAGUAGGUACUUGCUGGGUCAAUAUUCAUGAUAUAACGAAUAUCACAUGUGCUUUCUUUCUUAAAUCAAACCUGCAUAGAAUUUUAAAAAAACAUCAUAUACAUGUAAAAAUGGUCUUAUCACACAGUGAAUAUCUUCUAGCCACUAUAUUACGUUUUAGCUAGCUAAAUAGUGAAAACAUCAAUCUAAACAGAAUGUUUUUCAUGCCAAGUAUUUGACUUGGAUUCAACCUGAAGCUCAUUAAAUGUUCAUCAUCUUCGGAAAUGCAUAUAGAAAAAAACAGUGUAGCCUAGCUUUCUAGUUGCCUAAAUAACAGCAAUUCGCUAGAUGCAAAUGUUUGCUGAUAGUUAGUUUUUGUAUUUAUCAUGGUGCUGUUUUGUACAUAUUCACUCACCAAAAAAUUUCAGAGAGAAGAGUGACAUCUGUCUUGUGAGCCCGUUAUGUACUUCUCAACAGUUGAUAGUACACAAACACUGUUAUGUGAACAUGUUGACUUUCCUUACUCUUCAGUAUCACUGCUCUCUGCCACUUCACUGUUACUUUCACCUACUGUAUUGACUGGCAGUUCAUUUUCAACACAUUUGUAAAUGGAGUCAAUCAGUAACGUUUUAUAAAUUAAAACUUUUGUUUUGAUAUGUAGUGAAUUCCAUUUACUCUGAAAAUUCUUUUUUUAUCCAUCAUAUGCCAUGAAUGAGCAAUCUGGACCACAAUUAUUUCUUCUGUUUCUUUUAAGACUGAUGAAAGACAGGUACAUUUUUUUUUUCCCGGAGAGUAAUUUCUCAAAUUCCUCAUUUUCAUCAUUGAUAUUAUUUGCUGGACUUAAAAAUUAACACUUGGUGCUGUUUGUACUAACUGUUGAACAAUUUUGACAUUGAUCAACCAAGAAUUAAAAAUGUUUAAAUAGUCCCAGCAAGGAAUUAAACAUAAACUCCAUGCUCAUUGAGGAGGAUUCCAUUGGUCUUGGCUGCAAGGUUCCUUUGAUUUUUACCUUACUUGUGAUGAGACUAAUUCAUUUUAUUUAAGUUCAGUUGGCAGAGCAGAGCAGAGUAACUUUGUACACUGAUUUGUUAUUGUUGCAUAACCAUCAUAAUAGGUUGCAUUAAGAUGUUUGUGUGUUGAUUUGUUUAAAUGCUGCCGUCUAACUCUUAUUUAAAUGCUCCUAUGAAUGAGUAAUUGUGAACAAAUGGCUACUAUCACAUAUAACUACAAGCAGAAAGGAAUAAUUGCAGGCUUUUACAGAAGACAAAAGUAUAGUUAAGUCACUUUUGGCCCUGUAGAUGGCGCUGUGUUGUAGCUUUCUGGGGGCUGAGUUAUCAGACUAAUGAGAGGAAGUUUUAUCUGGUGCCUUAGUUCUGGUUCAGCACUACCUAGUAACUUCACAAGACAGUGGAUGCCGUGCUCUAGGCCAUGACUUAUUUGAUCAAAGUGCUACCCUCUGAAAUUCCUGUUUACAAUCCUGUCUUAUGCACAUCCAAGUGAUUUUAAAACUGCUUUACUGUGAUGCAGUAUUUCCAUGGAGAUCUAGCUGCUUUUUCUGUUUAAAGUCUAAUGAGGGCACUUUAUCUGAAAUUUGAGCUAUUGCCAUAGCACUGCUUGGAACACUGUUUUUGUUGUCAUUAUUGUUUUUAUUGACUUUAUUAAAAUAUUUGUUUUGUGUAUGAUAAAUUAAGAUGUCACAACUGUGGAGUACAACAUUGCAAAGAUGUGUGCCUGUGCAAAAACACAUCCCACCCAUUCUGUCAAAAUCUUGUCUCUAGUGGGAUCCAACUAUCUUUGAAUUUAGUUCUGCUUGUUGUUUUUCGGCUCUGUUGAAAUGACUGGCUAACGCAAUCAAAUAAAGGUUGGGUCUUUGAAGUGUUUGAAGCGCGUGAACUGGAGUUUGUUGACCUGACCGUUGUACCUCUGAUGUGCAUGUGCUUGUGAAUUGUGUUGUGUUUUUUGUGUGUGUUUGAUUCACUAAGUUCCCCGGUUCAAAUGGCAUUCGCUUAUUGGACCAGCUCCAACAGCACUAUGCAUUAAAAGUAAUAUGUUUACCAAAUCAUGACUGAGUCCUCAGUCUUGCCACCAUCCCUCUGCCAUUACUACUAUCACUUGGUAAUCUGAAUGUUACUGGAAUACGUAUUCAUUAGGUUGGCAGAUACUGUUCUACAGGUCAGGCCUUUAGUCGAUUGAAGUCGUUGUGUGCUGUUCCUCCUUUCAAACCAUUGAUAUUUGUAAAUAUCAGAGAAGUAUGCACUAUAGAUUUUUCCAUGUGUCAAUACCACCCACCUGUUGCUCUUCAACUG